AGUGAAAAAUGCUAUUUUCUAUUAUACCAGUGGUUGCACGAUUGGUAUUCUAGCAUCACUUUUGAUUGUUGGAUUUGUAGUUUACCGGUUAACUCCAAGGAGUUGGUUGGGAAUUCCUUUGAUGUUCACUGGCUGGUCCUUCUCGUUCUUCUUUAUUUACACAGUUUGGAAAAAUUUUGCUUCUUUGGUUUUACUGUAUCAGAAAUUUGUGGCAGCAUAUUUUGCUACAGUAAUUUUGAUAUCAUUUGCGGUGUGUUAUCGAUACGGACCACCAACCGACAUCAGAUCUCAUAAUCUUGCGCAGUGGACAUUGCAGUUGAUUGCUUUGAUAUUGAUAUAUUCAUCAUGUCAAAUAACAGAUAUUGCUAUUGGAGUCAUUGCUUUGUUACUGCUAUGGUCGAUGUUAAAAAAUUGGUUGAUUAAUAUAACAUCCAAAUUCAUGUCUAUUUUCAGAAUGGUUUGGCUUUUUUUAUUUCCAAAAUGUCAGCGUUUAUUGACUAUGGAAGAAUAUCAACAACAGGGUGAAGAAGAAACUAGGAAAGCAUUAGAAGAAUUGCGCCGAUACUGUCGAAGUCCAGAAGCGAAUGUUUGGAAAAUUACAUCUUCAGUGAGUGAUCCAAAGAGGUUAGCGAGCUUUGUUGAUGGUGCUUGUGAUCAUGUCAGAGAAGAUGAAUCUCGACUACAUGAUUUAGAAUGUACAAAUUUUGAUGAUAUUUCCGAUGACAGUGGAGAAGAUGAAUAUGUUGUCGCUCAACGUUCUUAUCUAAGUAACAACUAUGAUUCACCAAGGAGAAGAUAUCAAGACUGCGAGAGCUCUUCAUCUUACCCGCAAUCAAGGGAUCGUAGAUUAAAUCUACGACAACGAAAAAAACCCGCUGAAGACGAAGAUUUUGAUAGAGAUGAAAAUGAAUUCAGAUAUUGGCAAACUCAUUCCUUGCCACUGGAAAACUCUUAUAGGUAA